UACUAAUAUCUUUUCAGCGAGAUAUGGAAGGGGACAGUGACGCUGCCGGAAGGUUAUCAAGGAUUUCGCCACCCCUCUCAUCGGUUAGUCCUCCUAUCACCUCCCUUCCUCAGCCGCAGCCAAAUUCAGCGCCGACCGCGAAGCAGCGGCGGAUGUUCACAGUUGAUUUGAGACCAGGGGAGACCACUGUUGUUUCCUGGAAGAAACUUAUUAAGGAGUCUGGCUCUGGAAACGGGGAAGACCUUGCCACGAUGGAAAGUAAACCGGCGCUUGAGGCCGGACCAGUCGCUGGGCCAGGUGGGGAGGAUCUUAAACAUACAUUACAGCCUCCAAAUUGCUUUAGCACUGUAAUUGAAAAGAUUGAAAGAUUGUACAUGGGCAAUGAAAGCAGUGAUGAGGAAGAACUUAUAGCUCCAGAUGACGAGCAAUAUGAUACUGAGGAUUCAUUCAUUGAUGAUACAGAAUUGGAUGAAUAUUUCAAAGUUGACAAAUUGUCCACCAAGCACAAUGGAUAUUUUGUUAAUAGGGGAAAGCUAGAAUGGAAUGAAUCAAAUCCAUCACCAAAAUUCGAGACAAAGAAAAGGAGGAGAAAAGAUUCAGCUGAAAUUCCGAAUGAAAUUGAUCAUGAGCAUGCAAAGAGGGGUAAUACGAAGAUGAAAGCUGCUGCAAGGAGUGUUCCUUUGGUAGCAAAGAGCUUAAAUCCCGGAAAGGUUGUGACUUCCUUUGGUGAACAUCAUCAAGAAGAAAAGCAUCUGAAAAUUAAACCAAAUGCCUCCCCAGUAAUAUAUAAGAAACAGUCUGCUGACUUUGCCAUUGAUUUAGAUGUUCCCCCAUCUACCAGAAUACCAGAUAAGGACGUUUCAUCAGUCAAGCUUGAACCGAAGGAUGUUGGCAAGAACAAAUCUCUCUCUUCUAAAGGACUUUAUAAAUCAAGCUGCACAAGUGAAUCAUUAGAUGCCAUAUAUCAGACAUCUCAAGAGAAAGCUGUUGUUUCGCAAGUUGAACCUCAACCAAAGAAAUUGUUUAAUUUUAAAACUGAACUAGAGCAGUUACCCAAAAUUCGGUGCAAGGACAGAUACGGAACUUGUGAAUAUCCGCAGAUUAGUUCAUCUAUUACUUCCUACCCUGCACAGACGAUUGUGAGUAAUGUUGGGAAGCCUAAGAACGCGCAAACCUUGUCUAACCGAGUCAGCGAGGUUACAGUAAGACCUAAAGUCACAACACUUGAACGGGCCAUUCAAGAGCUGAAAAAGAUAGUUGCACUAUCUAGACCGCCAAACCCUGCAGUUCAAGAAGUUGAUCCUACAGUCCAAGGUACUAAAAGAAGACUGCCUCAAGAAGUUAAGCAGAAGCUGGCCAAAGUUGCUAGAUUAUCGGUACCAUGCUAAAAAAACUCUUUUGAUGUCAUGCAAAUAAAAAAAAAACUUUUGAUGCGUUUUGUUGUUUUCAUAUCUGAUAAAAAUUAAUUAAACUUCUAUGUAUUUUCUCAUUGGCCGAUAAUCUACAUCCUUAUGUUUUUUUCAUUUGGGACAUUGAAAUUAAAGAAACUAAACUUCAGUAUUAGCGACAAUUUUAUUUGCAUCACAUUUUAAAAAUAUUUUAGCUGAAGUUCAUUAGACCAAAUACCUAUUUCCUGAGGCAAAGAUAAUUACAUAUGAACCUUUCUUAUGUUUUAUGACUGGCU